GUGUAGAGUAUCCAGCUUGCUAAACUGUGGUAAAAUAUUUCCUACAUCCCCCCCUCCUUUGAACAAUUAUCAUCUGCAUAUUAUUUCCUGGAAAUUUUACAUAGUCUCAGAAUACUACAGCUUUCAUUGUCAGAAUUACAUAGUCUCAGAAUAUUACAGCUUUCAAUAGGAAGAUAAUUUCCUGAAAUAUGAUGAGAAGUGUAUUAUAAUAGUAGUGUUGUAUUGUGCUUGAAAUAUAUGCCCCUUUUUGUGUGUUGUGCAGGAUGUCAUGUUCUGUAAUAAAAAACUUUAAAAAAAACUAUGGUAUCCUCUUCCUGGAAGUUAUGUUAGAGCCCUGCAUGCUGGAAGUAGAUAAGUAGGGUUGGAGAAUCCAUAGAGCUCUUAUACCAUGUAUACAGUGGACCUUGGAAAAAAGUAGUGAAGAAUGUAAAUAUGCUUGAUGUUGUUUAGUGUAUAGGGAUAAAGUAUAGUUUGCACCUGAUGUCAUCUCAAUGCUGUGGAGAGCAAGUCUGAAAUGGGAGAUUUAAGUGCAGCUAUUGAGAUUUUCAUUUGUUAAUUUUUUAUGUUACAAAUUAGAUUUCUUACUUUAGAGAUAAAAAGAAAGCUUUGAAUUAAUAGGGAAGCAGAGUGUUAAGAUAAACAUUGAUUAGAUACAUGUAUAUAGAACUACAUGUAUAUGUGUGUAAGUCACAUUGUGGGUGGGAGGAGAAGAUAGAAAAGAACAAGAAUUAAAGGAAUUAGAAAUUUACAGAACAGAUGCACAAAUGUAAACAUGCACAAUGUUAAAUAUCUGUUUAAACCAACAGACAACGUUUGUAAAUCUUUUGGUUUGAAACUAAAUCCCCAAACUCAUUAGAAUGUGCCAAUACACUUGGCUGAGUAAUUCCGGUGGCAGACACUGAGAAUCCCUCUACCAGCUGCUUUAAUCUACUGAUAUAUGUCCCCUGCACAUUUAUUAGAAAUAAAUAUUGAUUGUAGGACCAGGGAAGCUGGGAUGAUAAACUCCGGCAGGUCAGAAGAGGUAGAGAGGGACUAUUGAUCUACUUCCCACACACUGCACACCCCCCACACACAUCAUCAAUACGCUAGUAACAUGUGCUCAGUUUACCAACAAUUCGUAAUGAUUAUGUCAGGUACAGAGAUUGCAUUCCCCAGAUAAAAUGAGCGAAUUCCCAUCAUAUAGUGACAGUCUCUCAUUUCUCCUGUUGUCUCAUGAUUAAUCCCUCAUUUACAAAUGAUGCAGAUAUUUUGGAUGUGAAGGAGGCAUUUAAGUGCUUUGCAAUGUACACUCUGCUUGCGUUACAUGGUGAAUUAAGUUCUGAAUAAAUUACACGCUAAAGCACCAGUGCUAAUCAUGUUGUACUUUUGUACUUGGUUUGAAGUUUUAAGAUGGGGAAAGAGUGGGGGGCAGUGCAGGUGUACUCCAUGGCCUCUAAGACUGGUAUCAUGUGUAAUUUGUUUGUGAUAAAACAAAGUUAGAUCUUUCAUGGUUUGGUUUGGCAAAUAUGUGUAUUAUUUCAGUACUAGGUAUAAGAUUAAGUGUGUUCCUGUGUGUGCUGAGUUGUCCGUACAGCUUUUUUUCUACAGAAAUGAGGGAGUUGUAUACUAUUUUAUGUAAAUUUUAUACAUUUCUUGUGAAUAACUGAUGCUUUACACGAUACCAAUAGCUGAUGGAGAGAUACAUAAGGGAUUCUAUGGUAGUCUUAUGACAGAGUUGGGCAUCUGGAUAUUCUCAGGUGUAUGUGGUCAAGAACAGAACAGAUUAAAAAGUUUGAGAAGUUGGAGACCGAUGAAGAGAGAAUAAAGCUAGGAAAAGAUGUCUAUGACCAAUUUAUAAUGAAGGAGUUGCUAUCUCAGUCUCAUACUUUUCUGCAGACAUACUCAAAGACAGCGGUGGAAUCAGUACAGGAAUGUCUAACAACUGCACAAAGAACCAAAAAAUUAGCACCAAAUACUUUUGAGCCAUACAUAGAAGAAAUAUGUAACUCACUACGAGGAGAUAUAUUUGACAAAUAUUUAGAAAGUGAAAAAUAUACUCGAUUUUGCCAGUGGAAGAACCUAGAGUUGAAUAUAGAGCUAACAAUGAAUGACUUCAGCGUCCAUAGAAUUAUUGGCAGGGGAGGAUUUGGGGAAGUGUAUGGUUGUCGUAAAGCAGACACUGGUAAAAUGUAUGCAAUGAAGUGUUUAGAUAAAAAGAGAAUAAAAAUGAAACAGGGAGAGACGUUGGCUAUAAACGAACGAAUCAUGCUGUCUUUAGUUAGUACAGGGGAAGGAAGUCCCUUUAUAGUAAACAUGACGUACGCGUUUCAGACGCCAGAAAAACUGUGUUUUAUUUUGGACCUGAUGAAUGGUGGGGAUCUGCACUAUCAUCUGUCACAACAUGGAGUUUUCAAUGAGCGCGAGGUUCGGUUCUAUGCCUCUGAAGUCAUUUUGGGACUGGAGCACAUGCACAAUCGAUUUGUCGUCUACAGAGACUUAAAGCCAGCUAAUAUUUUAUUGGACGAGAAUGGUCAUGUACGGAUCUCGGAUUUAGGCCUGGCUUGUGACUUCUCUAGGAAGAAACCCCAUGCUAGCGUUGGAACCCAUGGCUACAUGGCCCCUGAGGUGCUAAACAAACAGAUGCAGUAUGAUUCCAGUGCUGACUGGUUCUCUUUUGGAUGUAUGCUGUACAAGUUACUUAGAGGACACAGUCCAUUCCGACAACACCGAACAAAAGACAAGCAUGAGAUUGACAGAAUGACCAUGACAAUGAAUGUAGAGAUUCCAGACUCAAUGUCACAGGAGAUGAAGUCUUUGUUAGAGGGAUUGCUACAGAGAAAUGUGGAGGAUCGACUGGGGUGUAAGGGAAGAGGAGCUAAUGAGGUGAAGGAGCAUGCUUUCUUUCAUGGUAUAGACUGGACCCAGGUGUUCCUACAGAAGUACACACCACCCCUCAUUCCCCCACGAGGAGAGGUCAAUGCUGCUGAUGCAUUUGACAUUGGGUCGUUUGAUGAAGAAGAUACAAAGGGCAUUAAGCUAGCAGAACAAGACCAGGAUUUGUAUCGUAAUUUUACAAUGACAAUUUCUGAGCGCUGGCAACAGGAAGUAGCAGAAACAGUAUUUGAUGCCAUUAACCAAGACACAGAUAAACUAGAGCAGAAACGGAAACAAAAGCCCCGCAUUGAUGAUGUAGAUCUGGAUCAAACUGACUGUAUCGUGGAAGGGGAGGUUUUAAAGUUAGGCGGUCCUUUUCUACAAACAUGGCAGAAGAAACACUUGAAGCUGUAUCCAAAUCGACUAGAAUUCUACAAUAAAAACCGUGAUGGACAAAUAACCAGGGCUAAAGUAGAGUGUAUUUUGAUGCUAGACAUAAAGGAAGUUUAUCCUGAAUUCCAAAAAUUACAAAAAACGGAGAACUGUAUUGUGAUAGUUUUAAAAACCGAAAGCAAAAUUGCCAUAACUUCUCCAGAUAAAGUGCUCAUUUCUCAAUGGAAGGAUGAGAUUAUAAAUGGACACAAAUUGUCAGCACAGAUAGUGGCUAGUAUGACAACCAAAGCAAGCAAAAUGUAUGGUGCUGCUAUUACUAACAGUCCCAGUUCCGAGAACUUCAAACCCCCACUAGAACAUAGAAACAGCAACGGGAGCUAGACAACCAUACCCCAACAUAGCUUUCUUGUGAUCAAUGACACACCCCUUUCCUCGAUACUCAUUGGAACCAUAUCAGAGGGAGACCAGAAAACACAGGAAUGGAUCCAACUUCCUCUGGGGUACCUGAAAGGGUCCGCCACAUUUUUAAAGCUAGUCAUCAAUUUUUUUAUCCAACUUGGCAAGACGUUAUUUUCUACUACUACCAAAUGUUGUCCUUUUUAAGUGUUUCAGCCAGGUGAUUGGCUUUGUGUUGUCAUAGUGUCCGUAGGCACGUGUGAUAUCAACUAGUGUGAGUGGUCUGUGUGUCUGUGAAUGCUCUGCAUCAUUGGUGUGUGAAGGACUUUGGACCAGUGUAGUUCAUGAACUGUGUCCAACUUGGGUUUUCUCAGAAAAACAAUACUCAGCUUCCAUUAUACGCAAUCUACUCGUAAAUGACCAUCACACACUAGCAAGCUUUUUGUAUAUCUGCGAUCUCUUAGGUUUUCUGCAAGCUUUAACAAGUAUUUAGGUUACUAGAAUAUUUUAUUCUUCCUUAGGAAAAGUAAAAUCUAGCAGUUUUUUCAUGCAGUUAGUUAUGCUAUUUUUAGAACAUCAAUACCUCUUCUAGGGACAUUGCUACUUAAAUUGUUUCCCUAAACCAAAGUUCUUUAAAUGAUAAGAGAUUGCAACAAUUGAAAUAGAUACUAAGGUGUCAUCUGAAGGGUCUCCUAUCUCAGCAAAUUCGGUACUUGUGUAUCUGAUCUCUUAGAGCUUAUUAUCUAUUUUAUUUUGAGCUUUUUGUGUUAUUUAAAAAUUUGUGAUCUCUGUGCAGAUUCUUUCUUAGAUGAAUUAUCCCUUUCUUGCUGUUGAUAUCUGUACUUUAGAUGACUGAUUUCCCUUCAUGCAGUUGAUAUCUUUACAUUAGAUAUACAUGUAAGUAAAUUAAAUAAAUUACUGUGGAAGUGUGUAUUUGUGCUAGGAGUUUUAGUGGGGGCUUUCAGUUUCCAACUUGUGUGGGAAAAAGAAGCAGUGAUAUGUAUUGCCGCAAAUAAUUUGGCAGUUGAGCUGUAAUGGUGCUUCUGAAAAGGUUUUAUUAAUACAAUAUAGGAAGCCAUGUUUCAUUUAACAAAAACUGAAGAAAAUGAGUAACCUAGUGUGAAUUGUUCUACUUUGAUAUGAUACAGAUAAGAACUACAGUACUGAACACAUGGUUGUGGGGUGGGGGUGGGGGGGUAUUACUUGUUGUUACCUCACUGCAUAAUUAAUGCAAAUUUUCCCCAGGUGUAAAUAUCCACUUAAAUAGUAUCCCUUUCUAACUAUUUAUAUCUGUACCUGAUAAAUGGAUUAUUUCCCUUCCUACAGUUGAUAUCUGUAUGUUAUACAAUGACCACCUUUCCUUGAUAUUUGUACUUGAAGUGAAUGAUCUCCUUUUCUGCAGUUGAUACCAGUACAUAAUAUGACUCUUGCUGUGUGCUACUUGACAGGGUAUUGUACAAGGCAUUCCUCAUCACCAAGUUUUGGAUUUAUUUUUUUUUUCUGUGGAGAAUGCAUGUAGGACGUAGUAAUGACACAAAAAAAAUAUUUUUUGUCUACCUCUGUAUGGUCACAUGACACUCUUUAACCUAUAACUGCAUGUCUGAGGACCACAGUGCUUGCCAAUGGAAAUUUUCGGUCAAUCACUAGGGAGAGAAUGUUAACGCAUUAUACAUUGUGUGUCUUUAAUGCUGAAGCUGGUCUGGAGGUACAUAUGUAGGUGUGAUGCAAGAUUUUUUUUUACAAACCACAUCAUUGCUCCAAUUUUCUUUGUUUUAUUUUCAGACACUUUGCUGUUUUAAAAAGUUUGAUUUCUCUGUGUAGAGGUCACUCAAGUUCUUUUACCAAAGUUUUUUUGUUAUGUUAUUUAUUCUGGAUCUCUAUUACAGUGUGAAUCUCCAUGUGUCUGAAACUAAUGUUAAUAGUGCAAACCAUUGCAGUAGAAAGUGGCUUUAAAAUGCCAAAUUUAAGGUGGGAACAGCCACCAUAAAACAAAGGGGAAGGGGUAUAGACCCUACUGUCAACUGUUGUGGACUGUUAGGCAGGGGUAUAGACGUAGGCCUACUGUUGUUCACCACCAGAUGGUCAAAUGUGGACAAUUUGUUCCACUGAAUGGACAUUGAAUGUGGGAUAUGAAUAAAUGUAUGUUAAAAGUUUGUUAAUAAAAACAAUGUCCUUAUGUUUAUUUUUCAUUUUUUAAUAUAGAAACAAUGUCUUUUAUGUAUAACAUCUCGAGAAAUCAAUUUUUAAAAAAUAUUUUUAAAUACUUUAAUGUGCAAGUAAAAACUGGGACUAAUGCAAUGUUGUGUAGAAUUAUAAAACUUGUUUCUGUGUAUUAAAAUUGACUCUAAAAUUCCAGUGUUUGUUAGAGAAAAUGUAAUGUAUAGUUUUUUGAGGUUUUUUUCCUUCUCAUGAAGGAAGUGUUUUGACCUGCAUUUUGAGGGUAUAUGAUAAUAGCUCAGCUUUCAGUAAGGAUAAUAGAAAAGAAAAAGAUUUACGGUGUUGAAGAAAAUCCCUUUAAUUUCCUGUAAACAUCCAAGAUUGUGAUGUGGAUCAGUUUAUUUUCCAUAGUUAGAAUCUCUCAGAGCUUCCUGUGUCGGGUUAUUGUAGGACAAUAGUUCGCAUUGGAAAAGCACACUGAUCAAAUUACUUUGAUAUCAGCUGUUCCGGACUGGUCAAGUUACUGAUGUCAGUUGUUAUGAUUUUUUUUAUCAAUUAGUUUCAUCGUUGUAAAAAAAAAAAUUCUAUCAUGUUAAAUUAGAAUUUUUAAAAAAAAUUUUUUUUACCCAUUCCGAUUUUCUACAUACUCAACUUUGUGAUGAUGAGAGUUAGAAAUGCCAGAAUUUUUGUCAGUAUAUAGUAGGCUAUAUUUUAUACCACUAGACUGUGGUUCCUGGUAUCAUCACGCACGACUAAGCAGAAGGGGAAUCGAUGCCGAAGGUCUGCAGUAUCAGUGUUAUAGAUGUGCAAUAGGGACAACAUAUCUGGCUGAACAUUGAUACAUUUUCAUGAAAUCCAGUCAUUAUUAUUAAAAGUUAUUCAACAUUUUCCAUGUGAAGAUGUGUAUUUAUUAUUUAUUCAAAUAAAAUCUACAAAAUUUUUAA